AUUUGAUUUAGUUUGAAAAUCAUCAUGCUCACAAUCGUCUUUGCUGUCUUAUUACUCUGUACGACAAAUACUUCAACAGAACCCACCGAGGUAUUGUUCCUCAUCUCCAGUCAGGACACCAUGUACCAUCGUCCAUUAGCUGCACGUCUACGCGAUGACAUUAUUAACCAAGCCGAAAGCCAAUUGGCCACCAACAACAGCAACAAUAUCAGUAGCAGCAGCAGCAGCAACACUAACUACAUCAUCACAGUACAUAUAUUACAUGAAAUAUUCAAUUUUCCAAGCUAUUGGGCGAUAAAGAAUGCAAUUCCCUUCGUGUGCGCCAAACUGCUUGGAGAAUACACGAAAUGGAUAGUUUGGUUGGAGGAGAGUACACAUGUCUCACUGCAAGCGCUGUUGGAGCAGUUAACACUAGAGGAUUCGACACAGUAUCUCUAUUUAGGUCAUACACUCUAUGAGCAUCAAGCCAACAUCCGGCAUCAUUUUGCUUUUCACAAAAACUCGGAAUGGUUUCCAUUUCCUUGGCAACGUGCUGGGAUUGUCUUUUCAAGAGCUUUAAUUGUCAAGGUCAUGGAGGUGAUAAAAUCUAAGAACAUUUAUAGUUCUCCAUUUAUCAUAGAUAUGGAACACGAAUUGGCGAUGUUCAUUUAUAAUGAGGUAAAAUCAAAAGUAACUGAAAACAUGAAUGCAGAUGAAGUGCCCACAGAUGCCAAAAUAUCGAACUCUGUACAAAAGGUGUUAAUGCACAAAGCAAAUUAUAUUUGCUCGCAACCAAAUGAAAAUAUCCUGGGUAGCGCGGUGGAAGAGAAGUGCGCAAUGUAUGCCGGUCCUAUGGACACGAGUCAUUGUAAUACUUUUGGACCGCAAAACAUUUUCUUUGCCGUUAAAACCUGUAAGCGCUUCCACCUUGAGCGAAUACCGAUUAUUAAGAGUACUUGGGGCUCAAUUGCGAUGCAUAUUCGUUACUACAGCGAUGUGGCAGAUGCACAAAUUCCCACAAUCGCGACCGGUGUGCCAAACACCGAGUUCGGUCAUUGCGAUAAGACCUUGACAAUAUUGAAAAAAGCUUUAAAAGAGAUCGAUGAAUUAAAUAUGCAAUUGGAAAAUCUAGUGCAGAAGCGAGAUGAACAGAUAUAUUGGCUCGUUUUGGCAGACGAUGACACUCUGUUAAGUAUUCCACGCCUUUCUACGCUGCUCGGCUGUUUCAACCACACGAACGAUAUUUAUCUGGGCGAACGUUAUGGUUUCCAUCAUAACGUUAAUAGCGGUUUUAAUUACAUAACCAGUGGUGGUGGUGUGGCAAUGAGUUUAUCAGCUCUACGCAAGUUGAUCGCACAUUGUCACUGCACCCACUCACAGGAUGCCGAUGACAUGUUGCUGGGCAUGUGUUUUAAUAACCUGGAAGUGCCGAUCAUACACUCGGCACAAUUUCAUCAGCUCCGCCCGCAGGACUACCCUGUUGAGCUGCUGGCACUGGAUCAUCCCAUCUCAUUUCAUAAAUUCUACGACCUGGAGCCAUUAUCAACGUAUGAGCAAUAUUUUGCCGAAGCUGAUCGGCAGAUGCAGCAGACUUUGAAUGGGAAUAUUUGA